AUGCUUGCUUGUUAUGGUCCUUACACUAUAUUGGGAUCAGUAUCCUCUCUUCGUGGCUAUUCCUUCGAAAUUAAUAUCGCGAAUGAGUUUUGCUUUUGUCUCCUUUAUUUAAAUUCAUGUCUAAAUCCAGUUCUGUAUUGUUGGAAGAUAAGAGAUGUGAAGCAGGAAGUGAAGAAAACAAUUGGCAAGUUUCUUUGCUUUUGAUUUUUCCUAUUGUGUUUGGGGAGAAGCACAACUCGCCUCAUAUAAUGGAAUCCAAGACAGUCUAGCUUGGCUUCUGGAUUCCUCGUCAUGGAUUCCGGAUUCUAGGUACUGAAUUCCAGUCUUUGUCAGUGGAACUUGGAUUCUGGAUUCCAAUCGUAAGUGUGAUUCCGGAUGAGCUCUAUUCCGGAUUCCAAAGACGAGAAUUCUCCAUUCCACAAGGAAAAAUUUCUCAAAUUCCGGAUUCCAUAAGCAAAAAUUUCCUGGGUGUAGGUGGGGUAAGACAACAGAACAGUGAAGACACCCGGCGACCACGAAAAGUACUUUGUCAUAUAUUACCUGUACAUACGAAAAAAUGAAAAGUAAAGACAAUAUUUACAUUGUUCAAAGGAUAAGUUAUUCAUCUUGUACUUCUAGCAUUAUUCAGUCGAUUUACUCUUAAGACUUUGCUUCACUUAUAAACUCGUAAAUGAUGAGAUGUAAUUAAGUACUUGUCAAAAAGCUUCAUACUUUUACAUACUAAACAAUGAAUGCAGGGCGGACAUUGUUGUUUGAUACAUUAGUCCUGUUUACUCCUUUUACAACUGCAUGAUAUUCAGUUUGGACCGGUCAAACAGUCGUCAGUGGUAGACACUACACCUAUAACACUUGUGUGUUCUCUUUAAACAACAAUUUCAAUUGUAUUUCAACAGUAAAAAGGAAAACUUCCCUAAAAUAGCAGGGCUAAUGUAGGCGUUUUUUCAGAAGAAAAAAAAUGACCUUCUGUUGACUAGAUGUAAAACUCUCGGCUUAAGACACUUCAGCGUUGUACAAAGUAUAUAUAAAGUCGAGUCAAUUGUCACAAAUAUCUCAUUUAGCGCCCUAGGACUCUUCAGUUUAAUGUUGUAGUACGAAAAAUAUGUGCCCUGGUAGAAAAUAACGUCAGCACAGAGCUUUGGGCAUAUAUUUAUGUAAGGGAUUCGAGAAGAACUAAGCAAUUGUUAUAAGCUGUUUGCUAAUUUGCUUUAAAGAAACAAACACUGUAUGUUAAAACAUUGAAAUGCAGUUUGAAUUGUCCUUCUUAUGAGUUGUUGGUUAUUAAACCCCUGAAUGGGAAGUACAUGCCUUUGACUUUUUAUUUGUUAGCGAAAACCUGAAGCGUGGUUAAUUGAUUCAAAUGAAAGCUUUCAAAACGAUCGUCUUGCAAUUUUAGUUAGCUUUAUUAAGCUUAUCGUUAUUGGAAGUGAAAUCGGAUGAAAAUGAAAAGAGACGACGCGUCGACGCACUGAGCGCCUGAAUUUUGAAACCAAAGAAUAAGAUUUAGAUGUGACAUUGUAAGGCAAAUAAAAAUUAUUGGAGUACGUUUGGACGAACGAUGAAAAGUGUAGUAAACAAUUCCCAGCAGGUGAAAAAAAUGAAUAAAUUUAUUUUCAACAUAUAAACUCGUUGCACCUUAACCGCCAAAUUAAUUUCUCUGUUGUGAAAGAAAAAAGAAGAAGUAAACAUUUUAAGAACAUUGGGAUCGUAGCUGACAUGUAUUCGUUUAGAAAUAACGCUAUAUUUCGUAAGUGAACAUGUUCUAUAGUUCAAUGAGCGUCCUCAGAUGGCCAAGUUGUCUCUCGAAACAUUUUUUGUUUACACAAGGGCUAUUGAUGUUUAGCAGGUAAAUGUGAUGAGAAUAUGAUCAAUGAUCGUGACGAUUUCCGUUUGAAACCAGGUGUUUGCGAGGAAAAAGAAAAGUGCGUGGCUUCGUAAAGCGAAAGUGGGCUUCUGGCCGUUUUUAACAUACAAAACAGCUUCGUCAAAAUGAACAAGAACUGCUGCGAAGUUUACUUUAGUGGUACAGAACUCUUCUUUCUUGUGUCAUGCUGAAUAUUGCAGCAUCGAAAAAAAGGAAGUUGAGAGUUUAAAUCAGCUAAAAUGUAGAAUACCCUUAAAAGGGAGUUUUUUUUUUUAAAUAGUGUCCUAGUAGCAAUACCCAAAUAGAAACAUACUGACUUGGAAACCGAAAUUGAUUUGAAAAUUUUUACUUAUGUAGUUCACUGUCAUAUCUUUUGAGGUUUCUUCAUUAAACUGUUGGAAACCGUAACUCUCCUAAUAACCGAUCUUAAUUUGUUGGUCGGAGUCGGAGUUACAUGUUAAGUAAGGGAUAUUUUAGCUGGCAGUCGUGAUCAAACUUUUUCUAGCCAAUUAUUAGGCGGGUCUAUUUUAAUUGCGAAUAUGCGAUGUUAACUUAUGACGUUAACAACACCAUACAAACUCUAAUUAUGCUUUAUAUUAAAGUCUAAUUCAUAACACUCAUAUUCAGAAGUCUAUAUUGACUGCGCUUCUGUCCUGUUAAUUUCGUCAAGAUCUCAGGCAACGCAUUUUAUUUCUAAAUUGUCAGUGUAUUUAGCAAGAAACUGCUAAUUGAGGACAAUUUUUUACGUCUCCUAUUGGAGAUAGGACCGCCAUUUCUAAGUACUCAUCCGAGGAAAGGUCUAGCUGUUUGCAAAGCAAAGGCAGUAUACCAUCAUUUCUCAAUUAUCUUAAGACCCUGAAUAGUGGUGCGGCCGCAGAGAACGACCCCGCGACCAUCCGCUCUGCAGACAAGCGCUGUACUGCCUGAGCUAUUCCUGCUGCGGUAAUUACCGGAGGGGGGGGGGGUACUCAACAAAGUUUUAUGCGGGGAGGCUCCUCUCGGAGGUCGGUCCAACUCCUUAUCCGGCUUUUACAUACCAUUUUGACAGAAAAAUUACCUCUUUCCUAUGCCUUCUUUCGACAAAUGAUACCCCUUUCUUAUAACUUAUUUAGAAUUUUGCAUCCCUUUCAACCAGUGUAAAGGCACUGCAUUUAAAAUAUGAAUAAAUCACAAAACCAGAACGUUUUCUUGACUUUUUCACAGCCUUAGAAUUACUCUGUAAGCCCUUUUGGGCCUUUUUACGUACCGAAAUAACCGAUUUCCCUACACUUUCAUAUACUUUAACCCGUAAAAUCCCUUCCCUUUCAUAUACCUGUAGCCUGAAAAACGGUACCCCUUUCAGGCGGAGCCUUCCCGUAUAGGCCAUUGUACUGAGUACCCCCCCCCCCCCCCCCCCGAGGGGUAAAUAGUGGAAGAUACCGCUUAGUGAUAGGUGCACAGUCUAUCUUAAAUUAGUUGUUACCGACAAAAGUGAAGCCCUGGCGAGUAAAACAAACCACCGGAUGUUACGUUUUGACUUAUAGUGGAGAGUUACAUAUCCGUAGUACAGGUGUUCAUACUAUACCGUAUAACACGAAAAACAAUCCGCUAUAGUGUGUAUGUAGCCUUAGUAUUCCGCCCUUUUUAGUUACCUGCCGUUUUAGAUUUUAAUGGUAAAUGAUACAGAUGUAGGAAGACACCUUUCUAAAGUGCUUCGGAAAUUGCCCUGAAAAUGCAGUCGAGCCACCUUCAGAGUCCAUUCAGUUCUCGGUGGACUCUUAUUGUACCGUUGAACACUGAUAUAAUAAGUCGUUUUAUAUCGAACAGCUCCUUUAUUCGACAACGAAUGAGAUUUUUUACUCCAGUUGUCACAGGAACCCAAUACAACAUUUCCUAUUAUGCUAAUAAUGAAAACAAAAAAUAUAUGCACAAAAAAACAAGCUAGAAUUAAGCAAGAAAGUCAUUACCAAACAGGGAGAAAUUAAUUUGUAACUUAAGUAUUAUUACCCAGAAAAUUCCGAUGUUUAUGCAGGAAGUUGUAAUAAUUCACUUGUCAAAAUACUAAUACAAGAAUAUGAGUAGCAAAUUUCAACAUCUACUUAAUGUUUUUGGCUGUAGCCGAUAUGGCUAUGUGCGUUUAAACCACUUUCUGUUAGUCUUCAUAUCACCUGUAACGUAGUUGUUAACUGAGAAGCGUUUCCUGGCGUUUGUGUCUAAAUUAGUUCUUUAGCGAGCAAUAAAGUCAACAUGUCAACCUGAACUACUACUCAAUAAUUUGUUCUAGUUGAAAUGAGAGCAUAUCUCCUUCACUGUGGUUUUUUAACCUCCAAUUUUCGUGUACCCCUAUAUUUUACGAUAUCCAUGUCGUCAAAGUACAUAUGACAUCUUAUUUUGUAUUAAUAUUUUUGGAUAGUUCUUUAGCGAGCAGGAAAGUCAACCUGUCUUAAAAAUAUUAGGAAUCGGCUUAAUUGACACGUUUGAUGCAACGACAGGUUAAUUUGGAGUUAAGUAUUUUUAAAUUUAACUUGGCAGUUUCUGUCUAGGUCUAUAACAAACUGAAUAAAUUUGCUAUUUCGUUGAAAAGCUGUUUUGUCCGAGGAAGUUCAUCUUGUGUAUCUUUACAGCUGAAGAAACCUAACGUUAACUCAAAUCGACGUUUCUUUUCCAUAAAGCUUAAUCAGUGGCUUUCAACACCUAUGACAAUCAACACGAAUGGGACGUUUGUAGCAACGAAGAUACCACCCAGAGUAUGGAUAUUUCUCAUAGCCUUCAACAAUUGAACCUGUCUAAAAAAUGUAAUGAGAGUAACUGAUACGUUUUAUACAACAGCACGUGAAUUUGGAGUCUAAGUCUACUUUUUAAUUUAACUUGCCAGUUUCUGUCUAGGUCUAUCACAAGUGAAUUUACCAUUUCAUUAACAAGCUGUUUUGUCGGAGGAAGUUCAUCCAUCUUCUGUAGCCUUACAGCUGAAGAAACUGAACGUUAACUCAAAUCGACGUUUCUUUUUCAUAAAGCUAAAUCGGGGGCUUUCAACACCAAUUGCAAACAAUACGAAUGAGACAUUUGUAGUUACGAAGAUGCGGCCAGGAGUUCACAUAUUUCUCGGCAUAUCCUUAAACAUUUUUCUUUCCAUCUAAGAGAAAUCGGCGUGUCUUUUGCGUAAAGCUUCAUCGGGGUUUUCAAAACCGAUGGCAAACAACACUAACGGAACAUCUGUAAUAGCGAAGAUACCAUCAGGAGUGUGGAUAUUUCUUACAGCCCUGAACAUUUUUCUUUCCAUCUUUGCAACUCUGGGCAAUGUUCUAGUCCUAGUUGCUCUACGAAACGUUUCCUCCAUUCAUCCACCGACGAAGCUCCUAUUUCGAUGUCUGGCGAUAACUGAUCUUUGUGUGGGUCUUAUAUCUCAACCACUUUACGUUUACGUUAUAUACAUAAUGAACUACCUUGAUAUUGGUAACCGCAUCGUAGAACUAGUUUACGUACUUGUGUUUAUCAUUACGGUGUUGGUUGCGGUAUCCAUCGUAACAUCGGCUGCCAUCAGUGUUGACAGACUUCUCGCUCUCUUAUUGGGCCUGAGAUACAGACACGUUGUAACUUUACGCCGAGUUCGUGUGGUCAUAGCUUGUGUUUGGUUCAUUGCUGUUUCAAACGCUUCUUUGUACAGCGUGGCUUGGAUCCUAUCUCAUGAUAAGUUACAACUUGCCUCGUCGUGGACCCUCCGAGCUUUUAUCUUUUUUUCUAUUAUAGUCUCAACAUUUUCGUACACGAAGAUUUUUUUCACCCUCCGUCAUCAACACGCCCAAGUGCGAGAUCAUGUUCAACCAGAACAGUCGAGCACUGUAAGAAGUGUACUGAACAUAGCACGAUACAAGAAGACAGUGUAUAGCGUAGCUUGGAUACAGUUUGCUAUGCUUGCUUGUUAUGGUCCUAACAUCUUGAUGGCAUUUCUUUGGCGUUUUAGAAUUAUAGAUUAUUCCACUGAAUCAAUGAUCGCGGAUGAUGUUUUCCUUUGUCUCAUCUUUUUAAAUUCAUCUCUGAAUCCAGUCCUUUACUGUUGGAGAAUCAAAGAUGUCAGACAGGAAGUGAAAAACACCAUUCGUCAGUGUCUUUGCUGUUGAGUUAACCUACAGUGAGAAACGAUGCAACAGAACAAUGGAGACAACUGCCUUGUCACGAACAAUGCCGCUAUGUCCUACAGUGGUAGGACACAUUUUGUUCAUCGGAUCAGUUAUCCCUAUACUUUGAUCGUUUUUUGUCUAAAUAGAGUAAUAAAAGAUGUUUGACGAUGUUAAGACGGCUAAAAAGGGCGAAAAGAGCGGUCGAUUUUGGGUGUGGCCAUAUCGGAUUUUUUUCAAGGGGUUAAUCCAUUAUUUUGAGUCAAAAUAUGAAAGUUUCUUUUGUGAGUGUUUAAAUAGAGGAAGAAAAGAUUUUUUCCAUUGUUAAAGACUGCUAAAAAGGCCGAAGAAACCCUUUACAACGAGCUAUAGUCGCCGGGAAAAUCAUGAAUGCCCGCUGUCUUUAAUAGUCCACAUUAAUAUUCACAGCUUAUGUAUGUUGUAUGGCAGCGUAACUAUAAACCCCCUGCACCUUAAUUGUUAGAUUGAUUUCUCUGUUACAGAGGAGACAAAAAAGUAGAUAUUUUGGAAAAUUGGUAACGUAGCUUAGUACUCGUUUAGAAAGAAGGCUAUACUGUAUUUGGUAAGUUAACAGAUCCGUAAGUGACAAAAGUGAAGCGCUCUCGUAUGGCCAAGAUCUCCCUCAGAAAAACGUCCUGUUUACGCAAAGACAAUUAACAUUUAGGCAGGUAAUUAUAAGUGCAGUGAUGAGAAAACCAAAACUGUUAAUAACGAUUUCCAUUUCAGUAAAGCAAGGUGUUAGCGAGGAAAAAUGAAAGUUCUUUUGUAGAGUGAAAACACUGAGGUUUUAAACUGUUUUGUUGUUUCAACAUUUAACCCAUUUACCUUUAGUGGCGCAGAACGCCUCUUUCCGUGUAUCAUUGCGAACACUAUAGCUUACUGAACCAGAAGUGUAAGUUGAAAGUUAAAUGAGCUGUGUCACAACAUUUACUUAAAAUUUCAAGGGUGAGAACUGCUACCAAAUUGAAUGAAACAAAAAAAUCACCGCUUAAAGCAUUAAGAGAAGGUAUGAAUAAGGAGGAACGGAUUGACAAACUUAAAGAAGAGUGAAACGGAUUGUAUUUGUGGUUUUUGAAACUUGUAACGUUUUUAAUAUAAUACUUGGGAGACAAAAUUUGUCUGACAUCAAACUGUGUUUUGGUCAUUCACAAGGAAUUUUCCAAGUUUCAUAGCGAACAGGGACGUGUACUGAACCAGACUGCCGUGACGCACCCCCUUUAAUAUACUGUGGCAAAUUUUUGAUGUCUUUCAAAUUGCUAGUUUAGUAUAAGCAAUGCUUGAAUAUAAUAAAUGAUAUUAUUAUUCAUUCAAAAUAUUUCCCCGAUUCUGAUUGGCUAAAAGCACACGCAUAACUCACCAUAUGAUAGAUACAUUAGUCCUGUUUAUUCCUUUUACAACUGCAUGAUAUUCAGUUUGGACCGGUCAAACAGUCGUCAGUGGUAGACACUACACCUAUAACACUUCUGUGUUUUCUUUAAACAACAAUUUCAAUUGUAUUUCAACAGUAAAAAGGAAAACUUCCCG